GAAUUUCUGACGGUACGAUACGGUCAUCGGUGAAGCUCGACAUGACUUACUCGAUGUUUUCCAAAAGAGGAUAUAUGCUGAAGAAAAGGCGUCCGCCAAUGGGAACAUGGUCGUUUCCGAAAUGAAGUAUGCGGGGAUGAAGAAAGUCUGCACAGUGCCGCCCAUUUGCUUUGUGGGGUAAAGCGGGCUUCGCUAAGGUUAGGGUUCCGAAUCUGAUCACUUAUGGAGGGCGCAUGGGCACACAUUGAGUGGAGGCGCGGGUUCUGUCUUUUCUCUCAUCAACGCGUACGGCUCUCGACGCAUUGACAGCUGUAAAGCUGUUUGUCGCCCAUGGCGUCGCCGCCAGUCCUUUCACGCAGCACCUCAUGGACAUCAACAUCUGAGCCGAAAGACCGUGAUGCUUUCAAGGAUGCCUCCAGCCCCGCGCUUGUCGAGUCGCUGUGCCAAGAUGAAAAUAAGAAACCCGUAUGGCAGAGACCGCUCUCUGGAAAUGCGGACAAGGAGUAUGAUACCCAGAGAGGGAUGAGCGAGCGGCACAUCAUGAUGAUAGCGAUCGGAGGGACGAUCGGUACAGGAAUCUUCCUCAGUGCAGGAUCGACAGUCGCAAUGGCUGGUCCGGCAAGCGCAUUGCUGUCAUAUUUUGUCGUCGGUCUGUUUUGCUACGGCGUAGUAAUGAUACUAGGAGAAAUGGCCGCAUAUAUCCCUGUUUCUGGCACAUUUUCCGUAUAUGCCACACGAUUCGUCUCCCCUUCGAUGGGCUUCACGCUUGGAUGGAACUACUGGUUACAAUGGGCGUUGACCAUACCGAGUGAGCUAAUAGCAGCAGCCGUCAUACUUCAGUACUGGACAGACAAACUUAAAGCAUGGGAGUGGGCCUUGAUCAUCAUUGUUCCUAUAUUCGCCAUGCAACUCAUUCACGUCCGAGUUUAUGGCGAGUCCGAGUACUGGUUCGCAAUGAUCAAAGUCAUCAUGGUCGUUGUGUUCAUCAUUGUUGGACUCAUCUACAACUGGGGAGGCGUCAUUGGCCACCCCGGACCAGGUCUCGCAAACUUUCACGAUGGUCAAGCUUUCAUUGGCGGUUUCUCCGCAUUUGCCCAGACCUUCGCCUUGGCGUUUUACUCAUACGGAGGUGUUGAGCUGGUAUCAUUAGCCGCAGGUGAGACCAAAUCACCUCACAAGGCAAUUCCUCGUGCUAUCAAGGCAACCUUUUUCCGAGUUGUGCUGUUCUAUAUCCUCACGAUUCUCACUAUUGGACUGAACAUCAAUCAUUCCGACCCGUCAUUAUUAAGCGCUGCCAACAACUCAGAUGUAACGGCAUCCCCCUUGACCACCAUAUUCAUGCGUGCAGGCUUCGGUGCAGCCGUACAUGUCGUUAAUGCUGUCCUUCUCACUGCCGUGCUCUCUGCUACAAACUCUUGUUUUUACGCUAGCUCUCGUAUGCUCUUCUCCCUCGCUCGGUCCGGGCAAGCCCCGGCUAUCUUUGGCUGGGUGAACAGACGGGGAGUUCCCGUCCCUGCACUCUUAAUAUCUCUAGGCAUAUCGUUCCUCACCUUCUUAACUACCAUCUGGGGAGAAGGCGAGGUGUUCACAUGGUUUCUGAACCUCGUGGGCAUUUCCGCCCUGCUCGUGUGGGGUUCUAUUGGUAUCAUUUCCCUCCAAUUCCGCCGAGCCUGGACUGCUCAGGGUCGGCAUUUGAGUGACUUGCCGUACACACAACCAUUAUACCCGUUACUGCCGUGCUUCGUGGUUAUCCUAUCGGUAUUGAUGUUCGCUGCCGAUGGGUAUGCGAGUGUCAUUACGCAACCAUUCAGUGUUAAGAACAUCAUUGCGACGUACCUAGGAGUCAUUUUCUACGCCGUUCUCUACAUUGGAUAUGCUAUCUACGAGUACUUCUUCCUCAAACCUCCCCACCACUUUGUCCCUCUCAGAGAAGCAGACCUUGAUACCGACGCGGUGUGGAAGAAGGGCGAAGGUGAUUUUAUUCGACAACAGGAACGCGAACUCAAGGAGAAACUCGAAGCUCUCGAGGGCGAGGCCCAUGGCAUGAAGCGAUGGAUGCUUCGAUUACGAAGGAUUAACGAGCAUGUCUACUGAGAGCUUUACUCAGGACGCAAGACACGAUGGUCAGAUACCAGUGCGAUAUCGUUGGAAGAAGAGAAGACCCAAUAUAUACCACGACUGACGGACUGACCCACGACAUAUGAUUAGAUGCACAUAAUACCCCACCCGAAACACACAUUCGUUUACCCCCUUGUACACGCGCAACCCCAUACCCUCUCCACUCGCAGGCUGUGAUAUUUAAUAUGUAUCAGGAUAUCCAUAUUCGACUUUGACAUGCUGUAUCCCUAAAAUUGCUGGUAUUUUUAUAGAUAUAUUGCUUAUGAUUUGCUCUUCACUCACUGAUGGUAUCUGCCACCCUUAUGAAUGUCUGUCUCAGUUCUACCGUGGACCGAUGGACUAUGUUCCUCUCUAGGAGACCAAGGCUUAUACCACCCUUGCAAGAAAAGCCAUUCGGGUUGAACGUAACAUACAGGGUAUAUUCCAAAUAGUCCCAGAGCAAGUGACUCUAGGGUUCCCAU